UGAUGUCGCAUUUUAGGACUUUAUUGCCGUUUGUUUUUCGCGGUCAGCUGUUUAUUAGUUAUUCGACGCCACAACGACGCUGAUCACAGAACGGUUGACACCGUUUUAACGAUACUCGAUCAAGAUGCGAUUGUAUUGCCUUAGCGGUGACUUGGCAAAACCAUGCUACAUCAUCACGUUCAAGGGACUCCGCAUAAUGCUCGAUUGCGGUCUCACCGAACAAACGGUGCUCAACUUCCUCCCGCUCCCCUUUGUGCAGAGUUUGAAGCUUUCCAAUCUGCCAAACUUUGUGCCGAGCAGCGAUCAUGAUCCACAAAUGGAUGGCGAGCUCAAGGAGUGUUGUGGUCGUGUGUUUGUGGACUCUGUGCCCGAGUUCAAUUUGCCGAUGGACAAAAUGCUCGAUUUCAGUGAAAUUGAUGUUAUACUUAUCUCCAACUAUCUAAACAUGCUCGCUUUACCCUAUAUAACGGAAAAUACUGGCUUUAAGGGCAAAGUCUAUGCGACGGAACCAACGCUGCAAAUUGGACGCUUCUUUCUCGAGGAACUCGUCGAUUACAUUGAAGUCUCGCCUAAAGCAUGCACAGCACGCUUGUGGAAGGAGAAGCUGCAUCUGCUGCCGAGUCCAUUGAGUGAAGCCUUCCGUGCCAAGAAGUGGCGCACCAUCUUCAGUCUCAAAGAUGUGCAGGGCAGUCUAUCCAAGGUUACCAUCAUGGGCUAUGAUGAGAAGCUGGAUAUUCUAGGCGCUUUCAUUGCCACGCCUGUUAGUUCAGGGUAUUGUCUCGGCUCCAGCAACUGGGUGCUGAGCACAGCGCACGAGAAGAUCUGCUAUGUGAGCGGCUCCUCCACUCUGACAACGCAUCCCCGUCCCAUUAAUCAGUCGGCACUCAAGCAUGCGGAUGUCUUGAUCAUGACGGGUUUAACACAGGCGCCAACUGUAAAUCCUGACACCAAGUUGGGAGAGCUGUGCAUGAAUGUGGCGCUUACCAUACGGAACAAUGGCUCAGCGCUGAUUCCUUGUUAUCCUUCGGGUGUUGUCUACGAUUUGUUUGAGUGCCUAACGCAGAAUCUGGAGAAUGCUGGGCUCAAUAAUGUGCCCAUGUUCUUCAUAUCGCCGGUGGCGGACAGUUCGUUAGCCUACUCCAACAUAUUGGCCGAGUGGCUGAGCUCGGCUAAGCAGAACAAGGUCUAUGUGCCCGACGAUCCUUUUCCACAUGCCUUCUACCUACGUAACUCCAAACUGAAGCAUUAUAAUCACGUGUUCUCGGAGGGCUUCAGCAAGGACUUUCGACAGCCCUGCGUGGUGUUCUGUGGCCAUCCCAGUCUGCGUUUUGGUGACGCUGUGCAUUUCAUAGAGAUGUGGGGCAACAACCCAAACAACUCGAUUAUAUUCACGGAACCCGAUUUUCCUUACCUACAAGUAUUGGCGCCCUUCCAGCCGCUGGCCAUGAAAGCCUUCUACUGUCCCAUCGACACCUCGCUCAACUAUCAGCAGGCCAACAAGUUGAUCAAGGAGUUGAAGCCCAAUGUGCUGGUCAUACCCGAGGCAUACACCAAGCCACAUCCCUCGGCACCCAAUCUAUUUAUCGAGCAACCAGACAAAAAGAUUAUUACUUUCAAAUGUGGCGAGAUCAUCAGGCUGCCUUUGAAGCGCAAGCUGGAUCGCAUCUAUAUUGCCUCAGAGCUGGCGCAAAAGAUAUUGGCACGUGAGGUAACCGCUGGCGUCUCGCUGUCCACGCUCACUGGAGUGCUGCAGGUCAAGGACAAGGUGCAUUGCAUACAGCCGUGUGCGGAAACGAUCAAGGAGGAGCCCAGCUCCAGCAGUGGCAGUCACAACACUGUUCCCUCCAAGGAAGAUGUGCUCAAGAAUGUCAAAUAUGAAUAUGGAAGCAUCGAUGUUGAUGCGCUUAUGAAGCGACUGGCGCAGGAUGGUUUCUCCAACAUCAAAAUGGAUCGUAGUGGUGGCAAUUUGACGCUUCAGCUGGUCAACGAGGAUACGACCAUCAAGUUUGAGGACAACGAGACGCACAUCAUUUGCGGUGGGAAACCGACGACGCGUCUCAAGCUACGCGACACAUUGCUCAAGUGCUUGCAGAGUUUCUAA